GCUAAAGGAGGAGGAGGGUUAGAGGUUUUUAUUUUGGACUGAGUGAGAGAGAGAGGCAGAGUGUUCUCCAUCUCUCUCUCUCUCUCUCUACUAUCACCACCACCACAUAUGAACAGGGAACUUUAGUGUAAAGCUUCUCAUCACUCACGAUGACUUCACGCAUUCCUCCCUGGUUCUUUGGAUUAUUUCUACUUGCCCUCCGGUUGUGCUGCCGCUGCUCCUCUGCCUAUCAGCUGCUGGACGAUGCUCGUUCUCAGGGAGCCUUGGACCUCACAGAGCUGAUCGGUGUUCCCCUUCCUCCAUCUGUCUCCUUUGUUACGGGAUUUGAGGGUUACCCCGCUUACAGCUUCGGCCCGGACGCUAACGUCGGACGCCUCACAAAGUCAUUCAUCCCCGACCCAUUCUAUCAUGACUUCGCCAUCACGGUCACGGCUAAACCAACCACACGGCGUGGUGGAAUGUUGUUCGCCAUCACGGAUGCCUAUCAGAAAAUCGUACAGUUAGGUAUAGCAUUGUCCGAAGUGGAGGAUGGUUCCCAAAGAGUGGUGUUGUACUACACCGACCCAGAAACAAGAGGUGGGACCCAAGAAGCAGCUUCGUUCAAAAUGGGAGACCUGACAGGAAGAUGGGCGAGGUUUACGCUGACUGUACAGGGUGCAGAGGUGCGUCUCUACAUGGAUUGUGAGGAAUACCACAGAGUUGCCUUCACCAGGAGCGCUCAGCCUCUGACCUUCGAGCCCAGCUCAGGGAUCUUUGUCGGGAAUGCCGGGGGUACGGGCCUGGCGAGGUUUGUGGGCUCCAUCCAGCAGCUGGUGCUGAAGUCAGAUCCCACGGCCCCAGAUGACCAGUGUGAGGAGGAUGAUCCUUAUGCCUCUGGAUAUGGGAGCGGCGAUGAUGCUUAUGAUGACAUCGAGGGAAUAGAUGAAGUGAAGAAGAUUGUCGAGGAGCGAGAGUACACCAUGCCCCUUCCUGAGCAGGAUCCCACUUACAGCUCCCCUGUCCGAGCUCCUCCCACUGAAAUAUCCCUAAGCGAUGAUGAAGAUGAAGACAUUGAGGAGACUUCUGGACAGGGGAUGGAAAUCAGCACAGUGAGAGUAAAAUCCUUACCGACCGCAGCUACUCCAGCUUCCACACCUGAAACUUCCCUCCAAGUGUCUCCAGGACAGAAAGGGGAGCGAGGGGAGCCGGGUCCAGCUGGUCCACCAGGACCUCCUGGCCCUCCAGGACCAGCCUCAGGAGAUGGAGAAAGUGGAAAGCCUGGACCACGGGGCCCACAAGGACCACAGGGACCCUCAGGCUCACCUGGACUUCCUGGGAAAGAUGGACAACCAGGAAGCAAAGGUGAAAGUGGUUCCUCGGGACCAACAGGAUUCCCAGGACUACAGGGAGAGCCUGGUCCUAAGGGAGAAAAGGGUGAUACAGGGGUUGGACUACCCGGUCCUCCAGGUCCUCCUGGGCCUCCAGGUCAACCCAGCAAGUCCUCCAGGUUCAUGGAGGGGUCUGGAUUUGAAGACUUUGACAGUGAUGCAGAGAUUUUAAGGGGUCCUCCAGGACCUCCAGGUCCCCCAGGACAGCCAGGACCCCCAGGAACCCCAUCUGAAGACAUCUUUCCUGGACCACCUGGGGCUCCUGGGAAAGAUGGAAAAGAUGGAGAGAAGGGUGAACCUGGACUUCCUGUGAUUGAGGAAUGGAUUAGUGGCUCUGGCUCUGGUUUUGGGUCUGGGUCUGGUCAGGGAGUCGAUGGAAAAGAUGGUGAUCCUGGGCCUGCUGGGGAGAAAGGAGACAAGGGAGAGCCUGGUGUGAGUGGGCAGCCAGGACCAAAGGGAGAUCAGGGCCCGCCAGGGUUCCCCGGCAUACCAGGGUCAGACGGACCAGAGGGGCCUCCUGGUCCCAGGGGUCCACCUGGUCCUCCUGGGCCCCCUGGACCUUCAGGAAGAGGCUACACUCUGGACUUUGAGGACCUGGAAGGAUCUGGGUUGCUGGCAGAUUUUGGAGCUGGACUGUCCAGAGGUCUACAGGGACCUCCAGGAACCCCUGGUCCCAAGGGUAAAGAUGGUGUAGACGGCUCGCCGGGAAAGCCAGGGCAGAAGGGGGAGCAAGGUGUCCCAGGACCACCAGGGUUUCCAGGUUUGGAUGGGCUGACAGGGGAAGAGGGAGCAAAGGGGGACAAAGGUGAUCCAGGACAAAAGGGAGAGGCAGGACAGGAUGGACUCAGUCUACCAGGUCCUCCAGGACCACCUGGACCACCAGGGCCCAUCAUCAACCUUCAGGAACUUCUACUUAAUGAUACAGACGGUGCCUUCAACUUCUCAGGGAUUUUUGAUGCUCAGGGACCUGCUGCACCACAAGGUCCAAAGGGUGACCUUGGGUUGCCAGGUUUGCAAGGACCUCCAGGACUGAAAGGUCAAAAGGGUGAACCAGGGUUUAUCAUAGCAGCAGAUGGAUCCAUGAUGUCGGCCUUGUCUGGGCCAGUGGGACCAAAGGGAAUGAAGGGAGAUAACGGUAUAUCAGGACCCCCUGGAAUGCCAGGACCAAUGGGACCACCAGGACCCAAAGGAGAAUUUGGUUUCCCUGGAAGACCAGGUCGCCCAGGUCUGAUGGGACCUAAAGGUGAGACGGGGGAUUCUCCAGGACUGCCAGGACCUCCAGGCCCUCCUGGACCACCAGGCCGCCCAGGAAUAUUCAAUUGCCCUCCUGGGACGGUGUUCCCCAUCCCUCCUAGACCCCACUGCAAAAUGGCCCUCAAUCCUGAUGGAACGAUUGCAGCUGGUAACUGUCAGACGGGACCAAAAGGAGAAAAGGGAGAACAAGGUCCCCCUGGGUUGCCAGCUCCACCAAGCACAUUUCUUCCCAGAGGAGGCUGGGCGCAGAGUACGAGAGGUGACCAGGGCAUCAAAGGAGAGAAGGGAGACAAGGGGGAUACAGGGGAGACAGGGUUUCCAGGGCAACCAGGUAUCCCAGGGAGACCAGGACUGGUGGGACCCAAAGGAGAGUCGGUGCUCGGUCCUCCAGGCCAGCCCGGGGUGCCAGGCUCUCCCGGUAUCCCAGGAUACGGCAGACCUGGUCCUGUUGGGCCUCCUGGGCCACCAGGGCCCCCUGGGUCAUCCUCAAGAUAUGGCUCAGCUCUGACCAUCGCUGGACCCCCCGGUCCUCCUGGACCACCUGGACCUCCUGGUUCUUCCAGUAACUCAGCAUCUCUGAAAACAUUUUCGACUCGUGAGAGUAUGAUGCAGCACACCGUCAAGGAUGCAGAAGGGACUCUGGCCUACGUCACGACAACAGGAAACCUCUUCCUUAAAGUUUCCCAGGGAUGGAAGGAGAUACAGCUCGGCAGUCUGAUCUACCUCUCUAAUAACAUUAUUCCACAAGAUGAGCCUCGAGUUUCAUAUCAUGUAAGAGGAGACACAAUGGAAAGGAUACGUUCAGCUAAAGAAAGGCUCAACCUGGUGGCCCUGAACCAGCCCCAUUCAGGGGACAUGAUGGGGCUCGACGUGGCUGACCGGAUGUGCUACGAGCAGGCCAAGGCGAUGGGUUUGGCUCCAAACUACCGUGCCUUCAUUUCAUCCCACAGACAAGACCUGGUCCACGUCGUCUAUCCCGGUUUCCGGGAAACUCUGCCAGUUACCAAUCUCAGGGGAGACGUGAUGUUUAGGAACUGGCGGUCAAUCUUCAGCGGUGACGGGGGGGCGAUCAAUGCCAGGAUACCCAUCUACUCCUUCGAUGGCCGGGAUGUCUUAGCUGACCCCUUCUGGCCUCAGAAGAGCAUCUGGCAUGGCUCCACCAGCAAGGGUCACCGAGUGGUGGACAAGCACUGCGAGACGUGGCGAGCCGACCACGUGUCCGUCAUGGGCCAGUCGUCCAGCUUGACCUCGGGUCUGCUACUGGGCCAGCAGACGCGAAGCUGUUCCGAUGAAUAUAUCGUCCUUUGCAUCGAGACCCAUAAAAGCCCCUAAACCUACCCCUUAUACCACUCCACCAAGGAACCCAACCCAGCCACCGUAAAGGCGAAACACUCUGAGACUUGACUCGAGUGUCUAGAAAAGGACGUUGUUUUCAGCACAUCUUUGGUGCUACAUGUAACAUUUUGUGGUUUUUAAAACAGAGGACCAUGUUGACAACUUGAUGCUUUCCUUCGCAAAGAGAAUGUUAGUAUUUGUCACUCUGCUUCCUCUUCUGACAUCCCUCUUUUUACGAGGAAAUCGAGGCCGUGACAAACUCCUCACAACAGCCCAAGGUAUCUUCUUGGAAGCCGGCGUGAAGAUGAUGCCACGCUCUGGAAACGGAAUGAUUUUGCGGACUGCCUGCAAAGCAAAGGAAGGGAAUGUACCUUUGUGCCUUUGUGUCGUAAAGCAGUCUGAAAGAUUUGGAACCUGGGGGCACAUACUGUAAUGUAAAAUGCAACAGAGAGGCUGAGGCAGGCUGCCAGUCUUCCAAGCAGCAGUUGUACUUAUUCAUAACAAUAACAUCUCAAAUGCAAUGUGGUAAUGACUUAUUAAUCUUAAAAUGAUACACGCAGCACCUUCAUCCAAGUUGCAACAAGACACGUCUGUGUCACUUUACAAGAACCAAAUAUAAGGUGACACAGAUUUCCCCCCCCCCCCCCCCCCCCCCCCGACAGUCACCCAGAUGUGUUGAGGAUAAGACGUUUCUUUUAAAAGUCUCUUUGUCCUUCCAAAGACUGAAAGUAGAGACUGAGGGCGGCUGCAGGAAUCUGUACUCGUCCUGAAACUUGGCAGUCCAAAGACUUUUGUGAUAGAAGCGUAAAAUGCUACUUUGAUUAUUUUGUUUACAGGUUGUCAUGGAAGUUUUUUUAAUCCAUUUUUUUUAUGAAUUUCAGGAAACAUUUACUAAAUAUUUCAACGGCCACAACUUUCCACAGCUAACUUUGUCCCUCGUCCAUAAAAGGGAUGACCAGACAACCAGUGUUGCCACCAAAGUAAUUUUUUUUUGAUGCACUGUACUUCAUUUUUACAAAAAUACUUUCUCAUUCAACAUUUUCAUCAUGGAAAGUGUUGUUUGUGUUGUAGCUUUUCAUACAUCUUGGUGAUCUCACUUCUUAGCAGCUCUUUCUCUUUAAUAGGCUAUUUAAUUUAAAUUCAGUGAUUUAUUUAUACCGUCACAGCACAUAACAUGAAAUCAGAUGAUUGAAUUUAAGAAUGUAAUUUAUCGUUUGUUUGUCAAAUGACUGUUUCUUCUCACUUAUUUUUGUCUAUUUUUUAUUUUUUGUACUUUUAGUCUGGAGAAUGUUGACAGCAGUCUAAAAUUAACUCCACCUAGUGUAAAGGUGCCAUUGAAGCAAGCAAUGCAGUUUUAUGUUGGAAAGAAAUACUAGAAAAAGUCCACGGGAAAAAGUGAGAGCAUGUGUUUUGUAUAAAUACUGGUGCUCUGUUGAAUAAAGACUUCUCUUUUCAUA